AUGGCAGCCAAGCUUGUGAUCCUAGUAGCCGCUCUUUCAGCCUGUCAAGCCGUACCUGCGUGGAUUGGUCAGUACCCUAAUGCCGUAUUCCGCGACAGUCGCUCGCCAAACGUUGCUUUCGGCUUCGGUGGCGGCUUCAGCAGCGAUAUCGGUGGCAUCAGGCAGUCCAACAGCUAUGGCACUGCAUUCCAGAGUGGCAACGCUGAGGCCUACGGAGCUGGCUUUGCAGGCCGUGACUACGCCAGUGGCGUAGGGCAGGCUAACGCACCCGCACACGUAGUCGUGAGUCACCCCGUUAGUCACCCGGUGAGCCACAUUGUGAGCAAGCCAGUGAGCACCUCAGUAAGCCAUCCAGUUAGCCACCAAGUGAGCCAUCCAGUUAGCCACCAAGUGAGCCAUCCAGUUAGCCACCAAGUUAGCCAACCAGUAAGCCACCAAGUUAGCCACCCGGUGAGCCACCAGCACGCAACGAGCGGUGUCACGCACCACAACUAUGCGGUGCCCGUCCAGAACUUCGGCUCCGCUGUGUCUACCGCCCAUUCCCACAACGGCCUCGGGUCCGCAUCUUCAAGCGUCCUUAAUGGAGAAUUCGGCCGGUACCCGUCUGCGGUCUCAUCAGCUCAAAACUACGGCUUAGGUUACGAGUCGGCUGUGGCAUCCGCUAACGCCAAUGGAUUGGGCCAAGCAUCCGCUGUCUCCUCCGCCCAAAACGUAGGCAACUUCGGCUCAGCUCUCUCCUCGGCCCAGUCGCUUAACGGGUACAACAACUAUGGCGCUUCCGUCGCCGCUGCGGAGAACAUCGGUAACUACAAGGCGAGCACCGCCCACACGAUCCAGCAAAACGGAGGGAGGAUCCAGGAGAGCGGUGCGACCAGUGUCAACGCGCCCGGCGUCCAAGCGGCCAACUCGCACGCCGUUAAUUUUUAU